AUGCCAGUCAAGAGAGCAAGCAAGUACGAUGCCGAGCAAGUCCAAGAAAUCAAGGACUGGAUCUUCCACGUUCUCGGACAAGACGCUCCACAGGGCGAUUUAUUAGAUAUCUUGAAAGACGGAUCGGUGUUGUGUGACUUAUCCAACAAGAUCAUGCCAGAAUCCCCAGUGGCUUACAAAAAGAACCAAAAGAUGCCAUUCUUUCAAAUGGAAACCAUUGAAAAAUUCUUGAAGAAGGCCCAAAAGAUCGGGGUCCCUGCUAAUGAAAUGUUCUCUACCAUCGACUUAUACGAAAAGAAGGACCCAACUCAGGUAUAUACCGGAUUGAUUUCUUUGUCCAGAUACUCCAACAAAUUGAACGAUGAUAUCCCAACCAUUGGGCCAAAGUUGGUGGAAAAGAAGGUGUCUAACUCCCCACACAAGGCCAAGACCAACGAUUACGUCUACACUUCUGCCGAAUACAGUUACAUCCAAGCCCACAAGCAAGGUAGAGGUCACCGUGUUGCUUCUGGUGGUAGUGAUAUUAUCAGAGGUGCUGUCUAA